ACGGCGCAGGCUCCGCGACCGGAGCAGGCGCGUCAGCCGAGCUCCGCGGUGGCGCGGGCAGCCGGGACGCACCUGCCCCCGCUCUGCGCCCGCCGCACCCCCAGCAGCCACCGCCGUCUGGGCCCCGCGCCUCCUCGUCCCGGCCUGGCGGCUGCGGGUGGCAGCGCCUGGGAUCCAUCUCCUGAAAUUUAACUUUUCAAGAUGAAGUUUUUAUUGGCGAUUUCCUUUUUUAUUUUAAUUUCCCUGUGUGUUGAAGAAGCCUAUUCUAAAGAGAAGUCUUCAAAGAAGGGGAAGGGGAAAAAGAAGCAGUAUCUAUGCCCAUCCCAGCAGUCAGCAGAGGACCUUGCCCGAGUCCCUGCCAACUCCACCAGCAAUAUCUUGAAUAGGCUAUUGGUUAGUUAUGAUCCCAGGAUAAGACCAAAUUUCAAAGGCAUUCCUGUUGAUGUAGUUGUCAACAUUUUUAUCAACAGUUUUGGAUCCAUUCAAGAGACAACAAUGGACUAUAGAGUUAACAUCUUCCUGCGACAAAAAUGGAAUGAUCCCAGGCUGAAGCUCCCUAGUGAUUUUCGGGGCUCGGAUGCACUGACAGUGGAUCCCACAAUGUUCAAGUGUCUGUGGAAACCUGAUUUAUUUUUUGCAAAUGAAAAAAGUGCCAAUUUUCAUGAUGUAACACAGGAAAAUAUCCUCCUCUUUAUUUUUCGGGAUGGAGACGUCCUUGUCAGCAUGAGGUUAUCUAUUACUCUUUCAUGCCCAUUGGACUUGACCUUGUUUCCCAUGGAUACACAACGAUGCAAGAUGCAACUUGAGAGCUUUGGCUAUACCACUGAUGAUUUACGAUUUAUCUGGCAGUCAGGGGAUCCUGUUCAGUUAGAAAAAAUUGCCUUGCCUCAAUUUGACAUUAAAAAGGAGGAUAUUGAAUAUGGUAACUGUACAAAAUACUAUAAAGGCACUGGGUACUACACGUGUGUGGAAGUCAUCUUCACACUAAGGAGACAGGUUGGGUUUUAUAUGAUGGGUGUCUAUGCCCCGACCCUGCUGAUUGUGGUUCUCUCCUGGCUUUCCUUCUGGAUCAACCCGGAUGCGAGUGCUGCCAGAGUGCCCCUGGGUAUCUUUUCAGUGCUCAGCUUGGCCUCUGAGUGCACAACCCUUGCUGCUGAGCUGCCCAAAGUAUCCUACGUGAAGGCUCUUGACGUGUGGCUCAUUGCUUGUCUGCUUUUUGGGUUUGCUUCCUUGGUGGAAUAUGCUGUUGUCCAGGUGAUGCUGAAUAAUCCCAAGCGAGUUGAAGCAGAAAAAGCCAGAAUUGCCAAAGCUGAGCAAGCGGAUGGGAAAGGUGGAAAUGUGGCUAAAAAGAAUACCGUCAAUGGUACAGGGACUCCGGUUCACAUUAGCACUUUGCAGGUUGGUGAGACCAGAUGCAAAAAAGUUUGUACUUCUAAGUCUGACCUGAGAUCUAAUGACUUCAGCAUUGUUGGAAGCUUACCAAGAGAUUUUGAAUUAUCCAAUUAUGACUGCUAUGGCAAACCUAUUGAAGUCAACAAUGGACUUGGGAAAUCUCAGGCAAAGAACAACAAGAAGCCGCCUCCUGCUAAACCUGUUAUUCCAACAGCAGCAAAGAGAAUUGAUCUUUAUGCAAGAGCAUUGUUUCCUUUCUGCUUCUUGUUCUUCAAUGUUAUAUAUUGGUCUGUAUAUUUAUGAUAAAUCAUUUCCAUUUGUAUAAAAUAAAAUACCACUUCAUUGUGACUAACCUCAUUCAUAAAUGCCAAUCUGUGAAAAAGUUUGCAUUUUCAUAGCAAUAUAUUGCAUUUUGGAUGCCAUUGGAUUGUAAGAAAAAUGUGGCACUUAAAUUUUGAAUGGCAGCAUGGUCUUGUUAUAUCUGUGCUCUAAUAAUAAUGUAUAUAUGUAUAGCAAACAUUGCUUUAGGAAUAAAUGAAGGAUAAGCAUACUACAUAAAAUCAAAUCCAAAAAUUCUCCUCAGUUAGUGUAAAUGACAAAUACUUCAGAUAAUUCUGGUAACAAAACAAUGUGCACGCUGAAUCCUGUUAUGAUCACCAUUUUAAUGUAUGUAGUAUUGCAAAUUUUCUUCCUUGUAACUUUCAGAGAGAGAGCCAUCUUAUUCUUGUAUAAUUUUAAAUGGCAUUAUCACAGAUUAAGCAAAAUUAUAUUACAUAUUGUUUAAACUUUGUAAGUAGAAAUAUAUCAGCUAUCAUUAUGUGGGCUCUGUGGAGAAAUAAGGUUCAAAAAUUACUAAUUUGUAAAAUUAGCUCAUUUUAAAGUGUGUCUGUGUUGUCAAAAUGCCAGAUAAUAAAACACAGUAAGCAUUUUUGAAAAAAAAAAAGGAAAUCUGUUUAUGUAAAUUCAUUCUCAAUUCUGGCUUCUGAUAAAAUAAAACUAAAGGAUAGAUACAUUGAUCAAAUAUUUCUGAUAAAAGAAAUUCUAUUUAACCCACCUUAAAUCCUAAAUAUAUUUUCAUGGAUUUCAUUUUAUUGAUACAGAGUAUACAAAAUCAUUGUGCCUUAAAAAGAGAUAUAUAUUUUAAAUUGGAAUAUAGUAAUGGAUAUGUGAUUUCACAUCAUUUUUAAUAAACCCAGAGGAAAAUACCCUAUUACUAGAAGUAAUUUGAGUUGGGGGAAAUAAAAAAAAAACAUAAUCAUUUGAGUAUUUUAACUUCUUAAUUUUAUUAAAAUGCUUACAUAUUUUUAAGUAAAAUUAA